AGGUUUAACGACGUAGUUUUCAGAUUAGAUAUGUCGGGAGAUAAAGUUGAGCUGCCAAGGAUUGGAGAGACCCUGAAGGGUGAACUCCUGAAGGAGCAUGCUCUCAAACCUACCGAGGCAAAUGAGAAGAACAUUCUCCCCACAGCAGAGGAUGUCAAGCAGGAGAAAACUCAUCAAAGCAUUCUUUCAGGAAUUGAAGGGUUCAACUCUGAACAGUUAAAACCUACCGAGACAAAUGAGAAAGUAGUUCUCCCUGCCUCCUCAGAUAUUCAGGCGGAGAAAACUCAUCAAGGAUUAAUCCAGGGGGUUGAAUCCUUCUCCAGUGAACAGCUCAAGAACGUUAAAACCAGGGAACCCCAGUCUCCUACAGCUAUUCUCCAGAAUGAGAAAGCCCGUGACUCCAGCCUGGCUGCUCUGGCUGAUUUUGAUAAAUCAAGUUUGAAGAAAUCUGAAACCCUUGAGAAGAAUCCUCUCCCUCCUGUGGAAGCAAUUGCUCAGGAGAUGGAGCAUAUCAAGUUCAAGAGCGGUAUUGAAGGGUUUGAUAAGAACUCCCUUGCUCAUACUGAGACUGUAGAGAAGAACAGUCUUCCAACCACGGAAACUAUAGCUCAGGAGAAAUCUGCAUAACUCUACCUCAGAUCUUGCAUCCAGUGCAUUUAUCAACCUUGGGUAUAAGGACAUCUGAGACCAGACUUGUAUUUUGCUUUAUCUCCGGCCCUGACACUAAUGAAGCGUCUGUUAAGAUUUGAACCGUAUAAGGAUUAGUAUCCAGUGAAAAUUCCAUAUUUUUAUCUUUACUGUAUCGUGUGCUGUACUAAUAGUAUCGCCAAUUGGCGAUCCAUGCCAUGUUUAUGCUUUAAUUAUGUUUUAAGAAAUAAAAUGAUUAUAUUUAUUUCAGAAUAAAAAUUACAACUAAAAA